AUGGCUUCGGAGAAGCCUAUUCACAGCCUCGUCAUUGACGCGGGCCCGAUCAUAAAAAAUUCGCCUCCAGUCUCAACUUUGUUGGCCCAGUCAGAAGCUAUUUUCACCAUACCUUCCGUCGUUUCCGAAAUUCGGGACGAAGUUACAAGAGCUAGGGUAGAGACGACCUUGCUUCCAUUUCUUACCCAGAGGAACCCGCAUCCGGACACGGUCAAAAUUGUCCAGGACUUCGCCCGCCGCACCGGUGACCUGGCUGUGCUCAGCAACACUGACAUACAGCUCAUUGCCCUGGCCCGCGACCUCGAGUGCGAGCGGAAUGGCGGUGAUUGGCGCCUGAGGAAUGCACCUGGUCAGAAGAGGACGAACGGCCCUCCUCCCGCCAAACCCACCCCGGAAGCUCCAUCCAGCUCGGAAGCUACUGCCGAUCAUGAAGCCGCACCCGCAGGUAGCGAAAAUAUUGCGGUCCCGCCUGCCGUAAAUGAUGCUACUGAAGUCGUUACGUCCGCCCUCUCCAACACGCACAUCUGUGACGAGCCCUCCUCAGGUGCAGAUGUUCCUUCAAACCCCCAUGCAGAGGACGCAUCUGGCAGUGCAUCCGGCGCCACCGAAGCCGGCUCCGAGUCCGACUCGGACAACGAUGGCUGGAUCACGCCGUCCAACAUCAAGAAGAAGCAGGCGCGUGACCAGAUGCUGAGCGCCGAGACGACCGAGGACACGUCCAAGACGCUGCAGGCCGCCAUCAUGACCACCGACUUCGCCAUGCAGAAUGUCAUCCUGCAGAUGAACCUCAACCUGCUCUCGCCCUCGCUGCACCGCGUGCGCCACCUCAAGACGUUCGUGCUGCGCUGCCACGCCUGCUUCCUCACCACAAAGGAGAUGAACAAGCAGUUCUGCCCCCGCUGCGGCAAGCCCUCCCUGACCCGCGUCACCUGCACCACCACCCAGAACGGCGAGUUCAAGCUGCACCUGAAGAAGAACAUGCAGUGGAACAACCGCGGCGAGCGCUACAGCCUGCCCAAGCCCGCCUCCAAGUCCGCCUCCGGCCGCAUCACCUCCGGCGGCGGCAAAGACGGCUGGGGCGCCGACCUCAUCCUCGCCGAGGACCAGAAGGAAUACGUGCGCGCCGUCACCCAGGAGAAGCGCCAGAAGCAGCGCGACCUCAUGGACGAGGAUUACCUACCUUCUAUCCUGACUGGUGAGCGCAACAGGUCCGGCGGUAGACCGAAGGUGGGCGCAGGCAGGAACAUCAAUGCCGCCAAGAAGAAGAGGUAG